UCAGUAAUACUACUAGCGCGGUUCCCGUACGGAGUCACGGUUCCGAGUUGGUCGCGGUCGCGUAGCAAAAUUCCAUCGCGACGUUUGACGUUUCUCGGCGCGAGUGUGAGGAGGAGGAGUGCGCUUCACGAGGAUUACAGAAAGAAACGUGUCGUUCCCAGUUUGUAUUUCACGUUUUAUAGUUUGAUGCGGAAAAUGAAAUCUCGAGCUGUCAAAAAAUUGGAAGAGAAAAGUAUUACUUAAUGGAGUGUGGCUGUGGCAUAGAGCGUGAGCUUCAAUCAACCAAGAAAGUGCCUCGAUUUUGAUAGUGAACGAAGAAUCACAUCUCGCACCAAUACAGCGCCGCGCCAAGUGUGCGUGAAUGGCUUAGCGAUCUUUUUCGGCGGGUGUCAAAUUUUUAGAGGUUGUGCAAGUGUCACUGCAUGGUUGAGAAUUUCGCCACCGGCGGCGGCCAGUGUUGUGAAAAUGGGCACAAAAGAGAAGAGUGCAAACAGAGGCAGAAAAAAAAUCCGCUAAAUCAGCUCUCGGCACGACGACAACAACGGCACAGUCGAAGAAUACAAUUUUCAUGAAAAAUGGAUAGGUUCAAUGACACGAACGCCAAACAUACACACACACAGAGGCACAUUGAGAGGGGGGAGGCAGUAAGAAUAAGGGGGGCCGAGCAAGAAGUGUACAAAUAUAAAUAUAUACAUAUUGGUUUGAUGCACACUCUCGUAUAUUCUUGAAUGACUCUGGGGCACUCUCUUAAGGGGGAUCCCCCAACCGAAGAAAGAGAGCGAGAACGCGCGCGAGCUCCACUUGUCAAAAUCUCAACAGGAAAGAACGAGACACCGCGACGUAACUCAGCGCACGAGGGACCCCCGAAAAGUGGGGGCCCCCCAAAAAAGUUCGGCAAGGUCACUCACUUGGGGGCACCACGCGUUUGACACUCACCUUUGGGAGCGAACAAAAAAACCUCAUCAUCAGAGGCUCAAAUCGCCGAAAAUCGCGGCAGCGCGCAAUUGACAAUCGCGAUCGACGGCGGUUCGAGCCCCGAUGGUGGCGAGAUUUUUUGUUCAAACCUUUCAAAGGUGACCCCAAGUGAACCGGGAAGUGUUGGUGGGAUUCGGUGUUUGUGUGUGUGUGCGGCGUGCAGUGCUUCUGGCGCAAUAUUUUUACAGGAAAUUUUACGCACCCCUACCGCAGGAAGAAGGAUCUAUCAGUGAGUGUGUUGUAACAGUGCACGGAAAUCGGUGUAAAUCUUACAUGGAAAGUGAUGUAAAGCAAGCGAAGGCAUGAGCUGAGCCGAGUUCGAUGCUCCCGAGAAACGGAGAAGAAUCAACAGCGGUUGAAGUUAAAUGUUUCGUCUGUCUAUGUAAAUGUGCGUGAAUAUUUACUCAAGUGAUUAGAGAGCAGCGUGUAAAUGUAAUAGUUUGAUUAGCACCUGACGGGUCAAACCCAGGGAGAAAAGGCCUUUGCUGCGUGAGCAGCAGCGUGAAAAGUACGGUUUCGAAAAAGCUGUGAGAAGAGGAAAAACGAAUCCAGCAAAGUUCAAUAUCAGUCAGAAUUAUAAAUAUUUAAUCGCCGUUGAAAAAUAACAUACAAGUGUGCUGUAAAAACAAACCCACAAAAAAAAAACAAAUUGAAAUUACAAAUAACCGGGAGUUGUCCAAAACCGACAACGAAAAAAAAAACAAACCACACAAGUUUGCACCCGAAAAAAACAAACCGCAGCGCAGAGUUUAAUUAAAAUCGAAAUUUACAUAAAUUCGCAGGAAACUUGAGUAAAACUCAAAGAAGAAUAGUAAGAAGAACAAACUCACUGCCACCACCACCACAGCGAAAAAAGCCGGCACAAUUCGUCCACCGGCCCUCACAAUAACCGGAUUAGUUAAGAUGACUGUCGAGUGCAUCGAGGAUCUGUACCCAACCUAAUCCCGACCCGUCGUGCACUGUUAGCUGGUCUACUUCCGGCUGCACAAACCUAGCAAGUGUGUGUGAGUGCGAACUUCAGGACAUCUCGAGCCUCUCCGGAGGAGGCUCGUACAAGUGUGGGUGCGUGAGUGUGUGAGCGGGUGCGUGCGUGCGUGAGCAAUGGAUAGUGAGUUCACCGAGUUCUUCAACCAGACCUGGAACAGCAAAUUUCAAGGCAAUCGACUGGGCGAUGGAGCUGCGGGAGCAGCUGCUGGUUCUGGAGGAGCAAACGGAAACGGAAGUGGCCUCGGCAUGUUUGGGGGAGCCUCCGCGGCAGCGAUGGCCGCCGCCCCAAAGUUGUCCUCGCGGUUGACCCAGCAACAACAACAGCAACAACCCCAGCAACAGCAGCAGGUUCCUCUGCAGCAACAGCUGCAUCAACUCCAGGGAGGAUCCGCUCGGGAUAACCUGCUGGCCGACACCCGGAUGUUCCUCAACGAAAUCGCCAAUAGCCACAAAAACCAGCAACAGCUCCAACAACAGCAACAUAAUCAAAACAACAACAGUAGAAACCUAUUUACAACAACUUCAACAAGCAUAGCAGCUGCCGCAACGACUGAAUUACGUGAUACAAAUCUAGGGCCUUUAAGAAAUAACAGUAGCAGUAGUAGCACCAACAACACUAGUAGCAGUAACAACAACAACAACAACAAUACCAGUAGUAAUAGUGUCAACAAUAGUCAUAGCUUUCCCCGUGAUAACCGAGAGUUCCCAAAGCUCAGCCAUAGACUGAUGCAGCCGCUCAACAGCGACCACUCCACUUCCGCCGGAAGUUCGACCUCCACGGCGGCGGCUGCAAACCGACCCUCGACAACCGCGCACUCCUCCUCCUCGUCCACGUCCACGAUGAACCAGCAGGACUUUAACGCGUUCUGCUCCUCGUUGACGGCCGCGGCGGCUGCAGCGUCGGCGGCGGCGGCAACGGCGGCCUCCACGAGUGAUCUGGCCGCCGAUAGUACGACGCCGCCGCCGCAGGGUAUGGGAGGAGGCGGAGGAUCGGGACAGGGUGCCAUGAGUACCAGUAAUCUGCUGGCGGCCGCAGCGGCUGCGGCUGCGGCAGCCGGAAACGGGGACAUGGGGAUGGCCGGAGUGGCCGGAGCGGAUCUGCUGGGGGCGCUCGGUGCGCACUCGCACGAAAAGAAGCCGCCGAACUCGAUCAGAGCACAAAUCGAGAUCAUCCCCUGCAAAGUGUGCGGCGACAAGUCGUCCGGGGUCCACUACGGUGUGAUCACGUGCGAGGGCUGCAAGGGCUUCUUCCGGCGGUCGCAGAGCUCCGUCGUCAACUACCAGUGCCCCCGGAACAAGCAGUGCGUGGUGGACCGGGUCAACCGGAACCGGUGUCAGUACUGUCGACUGCAAAAGUGCCUAAAGCUCGGGAUGAGCCGCGACGCGGUCAAAUUCGGUCGGAUGUCGAAGAAGCAGCGGGAAAAGGUCGAGGACGAGGUACGGUUUCACCGGGCCCAGAUGCGUGCCCAGAGCGAUGCGGCGCCCGACAGUUCCGUGUUCGACACGCAGACGCCCUCGAGUAGUGACCAGCUGCACCACGGCUACAACGGUUACGCGUACAACAACGAGGUCGGCUACGGCAGCCCGUACGGCGGCUACUCGGCCUCGGUCACCCCCCAGCAGACGAUGGGCUACGACAUCUCGGCCGACUACGUGGACAGUACAACAACUUAUGAACCCCGAAGUACUACGAUAAUAGACUCAGAUUUCAUAAGUGGACACAACAAGGACGGUUCCCCGAACCAUCGAGCCAUCACGCUGAACGACAUCCGUUUGGCGCGAGUUCAACAGACUGCCACGACCACUUCCAACAACGGUCAGCAAUCGCAGCAGCAGCAGCAGCAACAACAACAGCAACAACAUUCCCAACAACAACAAAUUCAACAGCAGCAAACAGCAAUAUCCACGGCACUCCCAAAUCAAACCACCGGCAACAACAACAACAACAACAGCACAAAUAGUACAAUUAUCACCAUCAAGCAGGAGCAGCUUGCCACCGUGGACAGUAUCGUUGGGAGCUUUGUCGACUCGACGACGUUCCUGCCAUCGCCCAAUAGUCAGCAGCAGCAGCAGCAGAUGGUCAAUCCGAAUCUGGUGCAGGGAAAUCAGGGAUUGCCACAAACGGUCGUUUCUGGUUCAGAAGUUGUCACCGGAAGUGGACUCCGUCGAUCGGACUGUUGCCAACAAAAUCAGAACCCGGUGUCAACCGUCGGUGGAGGCGGAGGUGGUGGUGGAGGAGGAGGAGGAGGCACGGUGGAUGGUAUCGGGGCGGUGCCCCAUCAUCCAGCCAGUCAGAAUACGCCGGUGUCGUUCGGCGAGGACGACAGCUCGUGCGAUUCGCACUCCAAGUGGGCCGAAGGCGACAUCAACGACGUGUUGAUAAAGACCCUCGCGGAAGCGCACGCCAACACCAACCACAAACUGGACAUUGUGCACGAAAUGUUCCGAAAGUCACAGGACGUCACCCGCAUUCUGUACUACAAAAACAUGAGCCAGGAGGAGCUGUGGCUCGACUGCGCGGAAAAGCUAACGGCCAUGAUCCAGCAGAUCAUCGAGUUCGCGAAGCUGAUACCGGGCUUCAUGCGGUUAAGUCAAGACGAUCAGAUUCUCCUGCUAAAGACCGGUUCGUUCGAGCUGGCGAUCGUGCGCAUGUCCCGACUGAUGGAUCUCUCAACCAACUCCGUGCUGUACGGGGACAUUAUGCUGCCCCAGGACGUCUUCUACACGUCCGACUCGUUCGAGAUGAAGCUGGUGGCGUGCAUAUUCGAGACUGCCAAGAGUAUCGCCGAGCUGAAGCUGACGGAGACGGAGCUGGCGCUGUACCAGAGUUUGGUGCUGCUGUGGCCAGAGCGAAACGGAGUCCGGGGUAACACGGAAAUUCAGCGAUUGUUCGAGAUGAGCAUGUCGGCGAUCCGGCAAGAGAUCGAGGCGAACCACGCGCCCCUCAAGGGGGACGUGACGGUGCUCGAGAUACUGCUGAACAAAAUCCCAACCUUCCGCGAGCUCUCCAUCAUGCACAUGGAGGCGCUCCAAAAGUUCAAGCUCGAUCACCCGCAUCACGUGUUCCCGGCGCUGUACAAGGAGCUCUUCUCGAUCGACUCGCAGCAGGACCUGAUGACAUAACAGGAUCACCAGGAGC